GGAAACUUGAAAAAUCAAUUCGCACUUUGCAGUUGCAGAGAGUGAAGGAGAAGGAGAAGGAGAAGGAGGAGGAUCGACCAGUGAGAGAUUCUUCUUCUCCUCUCAUCUAGUCAACAAUGGUGAAUUGGAAUUCCCGAGUGUAAAUUACUUACUUGAACCCUUUUCCUUCUGAAUUUCAAUGGCUGAUCAUUCAGAUUCUUCUCCUCUCGUCCCUCCCCAACCACUCUCUGACGCUUUCGAGAUCGACCUCGAAGCUGGUCCCUCUGAACAAAUCCAAUGCCGGAUUUGUCUUGAAACUGAUGGUCGAGAUUUUAUAGCUCCAUGUAAGUGCAAAGGCACAUCAAAAUAUGUACAUCGGGAUUGUUUGGAUCACUGGCGAGCUAUUAAGGAAGGGUUUGCAUUUGCUCACUGCACUACCUGCAAGGCUCCUUAUCAUUUGCGUGUUCAUGUUGCUGCUGAUAGGAAAUGGCGUACCCUGAAAUUUCGGUUUUUUGUCACCAGAGACAUUUUGUUUAUUUUCCUGGCUGUCCAGCUUAUCAUCGCCUCUCUGGCAUAUUUGGUUUAUCUAAUAGAUGGUUACCAGCAGUAUUGGCUUCGUCUUCUAUGGGGUUUUGAUAGUGAACUGAGUUUUUAUUACAUAUGUGGAGCUCUCUUGUUUUUCGCCUUGCUUGGCCUUUCUGGGUGCUUCAUUACUUGUUAUGAUCGAAGGGUUCGCAGUGAUUUGGCUCAACCUUGUAGAGAAUUAUGUCUUUGUUGUUGUCAACCUGGAGUUUGUGCAGACUGUCAUUUGCCCGGCACUCUCUGUAUGUGGACUGAUUGCACCACAUGCUUUGAGAGUUGUGGAACCAUGGCAACAGAAUGUGGUGGUUGUUUGGGAGGUGCUGGGGAAGCAGGGCUACCAUUAUUAUUUAUAAUGGCUUUGAUUGUUCUGGGACUAUUUACUGUAAUUGGGAUAUUUUACAGCGUAUUGGUGGCUACUAUGGUUGGUCAACGCAUAUGGCAACGCCACUAUCACAUACUUGCAAAACGGAUGUUAACCAAGGAGUAUGUGGUUGAAGAUGUUGAUGGAGAGAUGACAGACUCUGAUUGGUCUCCCCCUGUCCUUCCACCUGAGCAUGUUCAGCAAUUGAAAACAUUGGGUCUACUAUGAGAUUGAAGGACUCUUUAGUCAUCUACUGACCAGAAUGACAGUACAGAUAGGCUGGCACUCGCUUUGUUUUGGUAUGCUGGUCCAUUUCUUGAAGAUCUGCAGUUAAUUGAUAACAGUGUAAUAGCCGCUCAAUUCAGUUUGGCUUGAACUGUACAUUUGUGCUGAACUGCUCUAUGUGGAAAUUUAUGAUUUUAUUAAUUUGUCCACUAAUGUAAAGAAAAUGAAAGGAUUUUCGAAUUCCUAAUAACACGUUACUGGUUGCUGCUUGGAAAA